CCCCGGUGUGGGCCGAGCGAGGCAGGGGGACUGGCUGGAGCCCAGCCUUCACUGUGGCAGCUGCGGGAGCUGGAGGAGAGGCAGCCGCGAAGCGCCGAGCCGGCCACGCCCGGAGGCCUGGCUCUGGGGGUGGGGAGCCACGCCGAAGAGCUGGAAACUUUCCCGGCAGUCUGUAUUGCAGAGCACUUUUUGUAUGGGUGGAGCGUGAAUUCCAAUGAAAAUGCGGACCCGGGCUCCCGAUAUCAGCCACUUGAGUGUUAUCAAGUCUUCUGGAGGCUAAGCAGAUCCCCCAGGAGCUGACUACUGGGCAAAACACCUAUAAGGAGAAACGGUGGAAGAGAACCUUGUGAACUAAGGACUGCUCAUUUAUUCCCGGUGAAUGAGAAGUUACCAAAAAUAGAGACCAAAGAGUGUUGAAAAUGUUAAAGGCUGUGCUGAAGAAGAGCCGAGAGGGAGGAAAGGGAAACAAGAAGGAAACCGGAGGUGACUUCAGUCAAGAGACUUCUCCAGUCUUGCCCCCUGGACAUGGUGUUGACGCUCCUGUGAGCAUAGCAGAGGACACCUAUCGGGUGAGCUUGGCCAAAGGUGUCUCAAUGUCUCUGCCUUCAUCACCCUUGCUGCCUCGACAGUCUCACUUGGUGCAAUCAAGAUCAAACAAAAAAUCCCCAGGUCCCGUCAGGAAGCCCAAGUAUGUGGAAAGCCCCAGGGUGCCUGGAGAUACAGUUAUAAUCCCGUUCCGAGAAGUGUCCAAGCCCACAGAGCCAAGUGAGAAUGAAGCAAAGACCGAUAAUGAACCGAGCUGUUCCCCGGCAGCUCAAGAACUGUUGACAAGGCUGGGAUUUUUACUGGGAGAAGGGAUCCCGAGUGCCACACACAUAACCAUUGAAGACAAAAAUGAAACCAUGUGCACAGCUCUGAGCCAAGGCAUCAGUCCUUGCUCCACACUAACAAGCAGCACGGCAUCUCCUAGCACCGAUAGCCCCUGCUCAACCUUGAAUAGCUGUGUCAGCAAGACGGCAGCCAACAAAAGUCCCUGUGAGACCAUUAGCAGCCCUAGUUCCACCCUGGAAAGCAAGGACAGUGGAAUUAUCGCCACGAUUACAAGUUCAUCCGAAAAUGAUGACCGGAGUGGCUCCAGUUUGGAAUGGAAUAAGGAUGGAAGCCUAAGGUUAGGGGUUCAGAAGGGAGUGCUUCAUGAUCGCAGGGCAGAUAACUGCUCCCCAGUGGCAGAAGAGGAGACCACUGGGUCAGCGGAGAGCGUGCUGCCCAAAGCGGAAUCCUCAGCUGGAGAUGGUCCGGUCCCUUAUUCUCAGAGCUCCAGCUCGCUAAUAAUGCCACGGCCCAACUCAGUUGCAGCCACAAGCUCUACCAAAUUGGAAGAUCUGAGUUAUUUAGAUGGGCAGAGAAAUGCUCCUCUCCGGACUUCAAUUAGAUUACCAUGGCACAAUACGGCCGGAGGUAGGGCACAGGAAGUUAAAGCUCGAUUUGCUCCCUACAAGCCACAAGACAUUUUGUUGAAACCCCUGCUGUUUGAAGUCCCAAGCAUCACAACAGACUCCGUGUUUGUGGGAAGGGAUUGGCUUUUUCACCAGAUUGAAGAAAACUUGAGGAACACGGAGCUGGCAGAAAAUAGAGGAGCAGUGGUUGUUGGAAAUGUGGGAUUUGGGAAAACAGCAAUCAUUUCCAAGUUGGUGGCACUGAGCUGCCAUGGGAGCCGCAUGAGGCAGAUUGCUUCCAACAGCCCCAGUUCAUCUCCUAAAACAGCAGAUCCCACCCAGGACCUUCCUUUUACUCCAUUGCUUUCACCAAGUUCUUCUACAAGUGGUCUCAAUUCGACCAAAACAUCUGCUGGACCUGGUACUUCUGAAAACCAGAGACCAAGAGAGGAGGCGGUGAAAUACCUGGCUUCUAAGGUGGUGGCCUACCACUACUGCCAGGCUGACAACACAUACACCUGCCUGGUGCCCGAAUUCGUGCAUAGCAUUGCAGCUUUGCUGUGCCGGUCCCAUCAGCUUACCGCCUACAGAGACCUUCUGAUAAAGGAACCCCAGCUGCAGAGUAUGCUGAGCCUCAGAUCCUGUGUGCAGGACCCAGUGGCUGCUUUCAAGAGGGGAGUGCUGGAGCCGCUCACAAGCCUGAGAAACGAGCAGAAAAUUCCUGAAGAAGAAUACAUUAUUUUGAUAGAUGGCUUAAAUGAAGCUGAGUUUCAUAAACCUGAUUAUGGAGAUACACUUUCUUCAUUUAUUACCAAAAUUAUUUCUAAAUUUCCUGCCUGGUUGAAGUUGAUUGUGACUGUAAGAGCAAAUUUUCAGGAAAUCAUAAGUGCACUGCCAUUUGUCAAGCUUUCCUUAGAUGACUUCCCAGACAACAAAGACAUUCACAGCGACCUGCAUGCCUAUGUGCAGCACAGAGUGCACAGCAGCCAAGACAUCCUCAGCAACAUCUCCCUGAAUGGCAAGGCCGACGCCACGCUCAUUGGGAAGGUCAGCAGCCACCUGGUGCUGCGGAGCCUCGGCUCCUACCUAUAUCUCAAACUCACCCUGGACCUCUUCCAGAGGGGACACCUGGUCAUUAAAAGUGCCAGCUACAAAGUGGUGCCCGUGUCUCUGUCCGAGCUGUAUUUGCUGCAGUGCAACAUGAAGUUCAUGACACAGUCAGCCUUUGAGAGAGCACUUCCAAUUUUAAACGUGGCCCUUGCAUCCCUCCACCCCAUGACGGACGAGCAGAUUUUUCAGGCUAUUAAUGCCGGCCACAUCCAAGGCGAGCAGGGCUGGGAAGACUUUCAGCAGAGGAUGGAUGCCCUCUCCUGCUUCCUCAUUAAGAGGAGGGACAAAACCCGCAUGUUCUGCCACCCAUCCUUCAGGGAGUGGCUGGUCUGGAGAGCAGAUGGCGAGAGCACAGCCUUCCUGUGUGAGCCCAGGAGCGGACACGCUCUCCUGGCGUUCAUGUUCUCUCGACAGGAAGGCAAGCUGAACCGCCAGCAGACCAUGGAGCUUGGCCACCACAUCCUGAAGGCACACAUUUUCAAGGGCCUCAGUAAGAAGACUGGAAUCUCCUCAAGCCAUCUGCAAGCCCUGUGGAUAGGGUACAGCACCGAGGGUCUGUCUGCCGCCCUUGCCUCUCUCAGGAAUCUCUAUACUCCCAACGUGAAGGUGAGCCGGCUCCUGAUUUUGGGAGGGGCCAACGUGAACUACAGGACAGAAGUGUUAAAUAAUGCCCCCAUCCUGUGUGUCCAGUCUCACUUGGGCCAUGAGGAAGUCGUUACUCUCCUCCUGGAAUUCGGGGCCUGCCUAGAUGGGAUGUCGGAGAAUGGCAUGACUGCACUCUGCUACGCAGCAGCUGCUGGCCACAUGAAGCUGGUGUGUCUGCUGACCAAGAAGGGGGCGCGGGUGGACCACUUGGAUAAGAAAGGCCAGUGUGCACUCGUCCACAGUGCGCUACGGGGCCACGGCGACAUUCUCCGGUACUUGCUGACCUGUGAGUGGUCAGCAGGUCCUCCCCAGCCUGCCCUGAGGAAGAACCAAGCCCUGCAGCAGGCACUGACAGCAGCUGCCAGCAUGGGCCAUGGCGCGGUGGUCCAGUGCUUGCUGGGAAUGGAAGAGGAACAUGAAAUAGAAGUCAAUGGCACCGACACGUUGUGGGGAGAAACAGCUCUGACCGCCGCCGCUGGAAGAGGGAAGCUGGAGGUCUGCGAGCUGCUGCUGCAGCGUGGAGCGGCCGUAUCGCGGACGAACCGGAGGGGGGUCCCCCCUUUGUUUUGUGCAGCACGCCAGGGGCAUUGGCAGAUUGUUAGGUUGCUGUUGGAACGCGGCUGUGACGUGAACCUGAGUGACAAGCAGGGCCGGACACCCCUUAUGGUAGCUGCCUGCGAAGGGCACUUAAGCACCGUGGAAUUCCUCCUUUCAAAAGGUGCCGCCCUUUCUUCUCUGGACAAAGAGGGUCUGUCCGCGUUGAGCUGGGCUUGUCUGAAAGGCCACAGGGCAGUGGUCCAGUAUCUGGUUGAGGAAGGAGCUGAGAUAGACCAGACAGACAAGAAUGGCCGUACUCCCCUGGACCUGGCUGCCUUCUAUGGCGAUGCUGACACCGUGCUGUAUCUGGUGGAGAAGGGAGCUGUGAUUGAGCACGUGGACCACAGCGGAAUGCGUCCCCUGGACAGAGCCAUUGGUUGUCGGAACACCUCUGUUGUGGUUACGCUACUCAGAAAAGGAGCCAAGUUAGGAAAUGCUGCCUGGGCGAUGGCCACUUCCAAACCUGAUAUCUUGAUUAUACUUUUGCAGAAAUUAAUGGAGGAAGGAAACAUGAUGUACAAAAAAGGGAAGAUGAAGGAGGCAGCGCAGCGGUACCAGUACGCCCUAAGGAAGUUUCCUCGAGAAGGAUUUGGGGAGGACAUGAGACCAUUCAAUGAAUUAAGAGUCUCCCUCUAUCUCAAUUUGUCUCGAUGCCGAAGGAAAACAAAUGACUUUGGCAUGGCAGAAGAAUUUGCUUCCAAGGCUCUGGAAUUGAAACCCAAGUCCUAUGAAGCCUUUUAUGCCAGGGCAAGAGCGAAGAGAAAUAGCAGGCAGUUCGUGGCAGCGCUGGCUGAUUUGCAGGAGGCUGUGAAACUCUGUCCCACCAAUCAGGAAAUCAAGAGACUCCUGGCCCGUGUAGAAGAGGAGUGCAAGCAACUCCAGAAGAACCAGCAGCAGAAACAGCAGUGCCCCCCGCCAGCCGCACCCGGUGCCUCAGAUAACGAAGAUAAUGAGGAGGACACCCCCACCCCUGUGUUAAAGGACCACUUUCACUUCGAUGAGGCCGAAGAGGAGGAAACUUCUCCACAGGAAGAAUCCAUUUCCCCGACUGCCAGAUGCCAGCAGCCAUCCUCGUCUGCCCCUUCCCCGUAUAUCCGAAACCUUCAAGAAGGGCUACAGUCCAAAGGCAGGCCAGUAUCACCGCAGAGCAGGGCAGGAGUCAGCAAGUCCCUACGGGAGACUGUCGCUCAGCCGGGGUUGGUUAUGCAGCCCACCAAACAGGCUCAGAUAGUGAAAACCAACCAACAUCUGGGUUCUGGCCAGUCUGGCAUCAGAAACAGUGGCACAAAAAUGCAGGUCUCUUGUCAGAAUCCUCCUCCAAGUCCCAUGCCGGGUAGAAUCCCUGGAGCUCCUGCCGGAAGCAGAAACCAGUAUUUAGAAGGAGCAGGCACCUUCAGUGUGGGAGCUGGUUCUGGCCACUUCGGGGAUCGGCUGGGCUCCAGCCAGAAUGUCCAGCUACAGCGCAGUGAGAGUGGUGCUGCAUAUCCUUUGCCAAGCAAGGUAAAAACUGCAGAGAGGCUGCUGUCCCAUGCCUCUGUGGCUGUGGAUGUGGCCCCUCCAAGCCAGGGCGGACCAGUGGGCUUCGGCGAUGCGCGACACCCAGCUUCCCUCACCAGCUCAGGCUCUUCUGGCUCUCCAUCUAGCAGUGUAAAGAUGUCAAGUUCAACCAGUAGUUUGACUUCAAGCAGUAGUUUUUCAGAUGGCUUCAAGGUCCAAGGGCCAGAUGCUCGAAUUAAAGACAAGGUUGUAAGCCAGGUGCAGAGUGGCACCGCCGAGCACCGGCCACGCAAUACUCCAUUCAUGGGGAUCAUGGACAAGACGGCAAGGUUCCAACAGCAGAGCAGCCCUUCAAACCGCACCUGGCACUGUCAGGCGGCAGAGGGGCUCCUGACAAGCACACCCGCUGCAGCUGGCCUGCAGUGCUCUAACUCUGAGAAGCCCUCUCUCAAACAAGGAGGCUAUCCCGGCCAAGCCAAAACCUGUUCUGCCUCCACCCUGAGUGGCAGCGUCCACAAUGGGGCACAGGCGAAGGAGCUAGAAGAAAACAAGUGCCAAAUUCCAGCCCACCGUCAAGACAGCAGGAUAACUAAGAGCGUUUCUCAUCUGUACCAGGAAAGUAUCUCCAAGCCCCCACCUCACGUCAGUAAUGAAGCCCACAGGAGCCACCUCACCACAGCAAAACCAAAGCGAUCGUUCAUUGAGUCAAAUGUGUGAGCCUUAAGAGACUUGUUUGUAGGAUUGGGAAAAGUGUGUUGGCUCCUGGUGGUAAAUAAUUAAAUGGUUUUUCAUCAUAAAAAUCACUUUUUAGCCAUGUUUUUUUUUCUUUUUAUUCUUUCCAUCUGGGGUGGAUCAGAUGCAAUUGAUAUAUUAAGAAUAUAGAAUAAAACUUUAAUAAAUCGCUAGAAGUCACCAUAAUAAGAAUGCUAAACAGAACUAAAAACUACAGUUAGCUAUGCCCAUCAAGUUAAAAAUUUAAGACAGUCAAGAAGACAUUAACUUUUCUCUUAUGAAAAUUAUUUGGUUUUUAUCACUUUCCUCCUAGCCUUUGCUAUGUGGUAAAAUCAUGGUAUGUACUUAGGAAAAAAAAAAAGGUCUGUUGUUAAAGAACAACAGGUUUAACUCAUGAUAAAAUAUCCUAAUGACAUAUUCUGGAAAAGAUGAGAUUUCAAGUUACAGUUACAUUGGGUCAAAUUCCAAUUUUAUUUUUACAUAUAUAUAUUUUAUAUAUAUAUAUAUACACACACACACAUAAUUUACAUAUAUAUAUAUAUAUAUAUAUAUAUAUAUACACAAUUAAGACCUGAGUGAUUUCUAGCUGAAUAUGUGUGACUAUAAAUAUAGCUUAUUUUUUCUUUUUUGUUCUUCAAACAAAACAUGAAAACAUCCAAGUAUUGUUCCCUUUAUAAGAAGUUCUUUUGAGAGGAUUAAACACUUGUUUCCAUGUUAUGGUUCUUAUUCAAAAUACUUUCAUAGCACCUUUUUUGAAACUAUAUUCAUGCUUCAAGGUGUUCUAAUAUGUGGAAACAAUCUAAGCUAUCUGGAAUCUUGAUUGGUAGUCCUAAAUUGGAUUUAAGCAAAAACAUUAAGACCAGCAUUCUUAAUAGCUUAUAGAUUAGGUCUCAACUGGUUCCAAACUGCUCUUAUCAGUGCUAACGUUCUUAAAACAAGCCUUCCAAAGUCCCUUAAGGACAGUAUUUAAAUUGGAUAUUUAAAGUAUGGUUGGUUGUUGCUUUUGUUAUGCCGUCAUUACUUCAUAGUCACAUGUUGUAUAUAUUAAAUAGCUAGCCCAAUCUUAUUUGAACUUGUAAAUAUAACUAUUUCAAAGUAGUUAAUCUUAAAACUGAAGCAAACAACAAAACCCCAGUCAUAUAUUUGCAUGUUCUCUGUAAGUUUCAUCCACGCUGGUUAUUGCACUGAAUGAUGUAUAUUAUGGCAUGUUAACAGUGUAUCAGUAACGGCACUUUAUCUCGUUUAUAUGAACACCUUUGAGGUGCUACUUAAGUCCAAACUGAUGUAUUAUUCAUUUGUAAAGAUAAGGUACACGAAUGAACCUUGGUUCAAAGGUAUUUUUAUAUGAAAAUGGUGUGCUAUUGGAGGAUGUUAAGAUGCUCAGUUAAGAGAGGUGGAAGUAUAUUUGUUUUAUAUGUUGGGAUGUGAAAUUUAUUUUCUAGAAUGGGGGAGAAGGAAGUUCUAUAUUUGCAGAAUGUUUUAAAAAUGAAGUUAUGAAGUUCCUAUGAACAUCUUUAGGGUUUUGUACAAAUAGGAACUUUCUGGUGUCAUUCUUCAACAUUUGUUCCUGAGUGUGUGUAUAGUGUACUUUGUAUAAACAGCUUUAUCAUUUUUUAUAGGCUUUCCAUGAGUUCUUCUAUAACUACUACAGCUUAUUUAUUAUUAUUUUCUUUAAUAUUUGUGAAAGUCUUAUUCUUUUGUUAUGUAGUUUUGUUUCUGCACAACUACUGUACUUUUCCAUAAGGAAUAAAGGCCAUUACUAGA